UUCCGAUAGUACGAUCGAGAUCGUUGCCGGUGCGUUCGCGAUCAUGCUAAAGUGGGUGCAUUACUGCCCGUUGCCGAGGGAUCGCGCGAUCGCGCCCUCGGACGCGAAGAUGAUCGUUCCGAGCGAGGCCACGAGGGACGAGAAGGACGAGAGAAGGCCGUUCGACAGAAGGAAAGACUGCGUUGACACGGUGCGAAGUGCGCGAAACGCGAAAACCGCCACGCCGGACGCUAUCAUGAGGAGAUGCUUCCGGUUUGGGGGUUCGGAUCCGAGGGUAGCGACCUGCAGAGGAAAGCUGCAGAACAAGCGAAGUAAGCUCAACCAGGAGAUCAACAAGGAGCUGCGGCUACGAGCUGGCGCUGAGAAUCUCUUUAAGGCGACGACCAACAGAAAAUUGAAGGAGACCGUCGCCCUGGAGCUAAGCUUCGUCAAUUCGAACUUGCAGCUGCUGAAGGAACAGCUCGCCGAGUUAAACAGCUCGGUGGAGCUGUAUCAGAAUGUCGAUGGCGAUGAGCCCGUUAUGCCGAUGAUACCAUUGGGACUCAAGGAGACCAAAGACAUCGACUUUCGGGAUCCGUUCAAGGACUUCAUCUUGGAACACUAUAGCGAGGAUGGAGAAAAUUACGAAGAAGCUAUAGCUGACCUGAUGGAGACCAGACAGGCUACGAGGACACCGACCAGAGAUUCGGCGGGCAUCGCGUUGCUUCUGCGUUAUUUCAAUCAGCUCUAUUUCAUAGAGAGGCGCUUCUUUCCGCCCGAUAGAAGCCUUGGCAUCUAUUUCGAGUGGUUCGAUUCGUUGACAGGAGUGCCGAGUUGCCAGCGAACGGUCGCCUUCGAGAAGGCGUCUAUUCUUUUCAAUGCUGGCGCACUUUAUACGCAGUUGGCUGCCAAGCAGGAUCGCCUGACCGCUCGAGGACUCGACCAAGCGGUCGAUGCUUUUCUCAGAGCGGCUGGCACCUUUCGAUAUAUCCAUGAGAAUUUCACAAACGCACCUAGUAUGGAUUUGGGCCCGGAGAUGCUGGAGAUGCUGGUGCAGUUGAUGCUUGCUCAGGCAAGGGAGUGUCUGUUCGAGAAGCUGGAGCUUCAGUCGAGGGAUGGCAGAAACACCGAUGUUUGCUUAGAUCUUGCUCAAGAGGCAGCUCAGGUUGCGGCGAUAUACAAUGACGUCCACGGAUUGAUAUCGCGCGAGCCGGUUCGUGACUAUGUCCCGGAGACGUGGAUCUCGUUGAUACUGGUAAAGCGCGAACACCAUCUUGCCCUUGCUCACAAGCACCUCGCGGUUGGUCUGCUGGACAGACCUAUCGCUGAGUUUCGUGUAGAAACAAGGCUCACACUGGAGCACAUCCAAAAGAGCGACGGGAAAACUCAAUUGGACACGACCGUUCCCAGCAAUGACAAUGAAAGAAAAUUAUUGGGUAAGGCGCAUCUCAGAGAAGCUCUCGUCUUGCACGACGAGAGUCAACGACUUCAGAGAAUGUGCCGCGAGUUGAAGGGUAAACCGGCGCUAGCAAAGGUCCUGAAGAGAGCGCAAGAAGUCACGCUCGAUAGUUACAAUAGAUUCGGUAGCGAGGAUGAUUUUCGAGAACUGUUAGAUCCACCGGAUAUUAUCGCCUCCACGAAAUUUCAACUUAGCAUCACUCAUCCGGACUUCGGGCAGCACGGGGUGGAUGAUCUUUUCAAGUCGUUGGGACCCGUAGCGAUAUUUUCCGCCAAACGACACUGGACCGCGCCGCGAUUGGUGCAGCUUCAAAGAGGGCCUGACGGCGAAGGUUUCGGAUUUAGCGUACGCGGCGACGCUCCGGUGAUAAUAGCCCUCGUUGAUCACAAUUCGCUAGCUGAUGUGGGCGGGAUGAAGGAAGGAGACUUCAUAGUUGGUAUCGGUGACAAGGAUGUCAAGUGGGCGUCCCACGAGCAAGUUGUGCGGAUGAUAAAGCAAUGCGGUGACUUUAUAAAUUUGAAGUUAGUCACCCCAAUGGACAGGAACUAUCUAAAGAUGAUGGUGACGGAAGGCCAGCAGAAGAAAUAUGACGAGUAUAAGUGUACCCUGGACGCAGACACGCUGGAAACGGCUAGGUUGGAGCUGCGCGAGGAUGACAAUACGAGGGAACAGGCGCUGGAGCAAUUUCGCCACUGGAUCGAGAAACAUCCCGCGAUCAAGCAAUGCAGGACUGACGCGUUGUUCCUGCUGAGAUUCCUCAGGACGAAGAAGUUCAGCCUGCCGAUGGCGCAGGAGAUGCUGGAACGCUAUCUCACCGUUAGGCAACUCUAUCCUCACUGGUUCCAGAAGCUCGACGUCGACGACCCGGAACUCGAGGCCAUCAUCGAUGACGGCUAUCUGGUACCGAUGCUGAAGCGAGAUCGGCACGGUCGAAAGGUGAUAAUGUCGUGUGCAGGGCGUUUCGACGCUAGCAAAUAUUCAUCAGCGCAUCUGGCUCGAAUCCACGCUAUAGUGCUGGAAGCCUUGUGCGACGAUGAAAAAAAUCAGGUCUGCGGCUACACGUAUCUCAACGACGAGUCAGGAUUGACCAUGAACCAUUUCAGCACGUGGUCCUUCACGGACAUUCGCAAUUUGAUAAGGUGCGUACAGAACAGCGCGCCUGCACGUCACAAGGAGACGCAUCUCAUUAAUAUUCCCAACGCCGUGGCGAAGAUCCUCGAAUUCGGCAUCUCUCUACUAAGCGACAAACUUAAGUCCCGCAUUUGGAUACACAGAAACAUAGAGGAGCUGAAAGAGGCGGUGGACCCGAAGAUACUGCCAAAGGAAUAUGGCGGAGAGGUCCCGCUCUCGGAGAUGAUCGACGAAUUUAAAAAGGAGCUGAAGAAGAUAAAAAAUGAACUCAAGGCUCUCGACGACCUUCACAUUGAAAUAUCACCGAAAGAUUAUCAGGAGGCUAACGAAGAGUUUGGUGGAAUAUGCGGCUCGUUUCGAAAGUUGGAGGUCGACUAAGAGCAAUUUAUCUCUGUUGCGAUCUUACAACCUUAUAACCACUUCACUUGAACAGUCCUUUCCGUAUCAUGUGAUUACACGUUGUAUUAAUGAACGAUUGUUUUACCAAAAAGAACCGUAGAAAUAUAUAUGCAAUAGGGAGCAAGUUAAACGAACGUACGAGCGAUUUAUGAACGCACUUAGUUCAUAAAUCGACAAUCUUAGUUCAUUGAUUUCACUAGUUAUUCUUUGCUGCUUCUCUAGAUUCUGUUUAUAGUGUAAGAAUCUAUCCGGAUGAACUUGCAUAAGUGCAUAAGCAUAUGCAUAAAGAAAUUGAUUGGUUUAUUCCCUUAUGCAUGCACUUAUGGUCUAAUCAGAUUCCUUAUGUUGCAUGUUUACGUGCUAUGCAAGUUUGUCUGGCUAGACCUUAAACGAUAACAAAAAAUUUAAUUAAUUAUGGGUAACGUUAAGUAAUGUUGUGGUACAAUCGGGUCUUGUAUACGAGACAGGAGAAUUUACUUUGAUAUAACAAUACCUCGAAGUGUGUGAAUCGUAUCCGUUAAAUCUUGUACAUAAGCUUUCUCUAACAAUUAAGAUACUGUAACGCAUACGAGUUGAUGCUCGUUCCGUCGGUGGUACCAAGUUACCUAUGAUUUAUAAGUUAUUAUCUUGACUACUUUAAGAUAAUUUGCAGCUUGACACGCCCUUAAGUUCACUUUAAACGACCUAUAAUUCGCGUCGGAUUUUAGGAUGCAAUGUGUUCUCAUCUAUAUUUUAUGCUGUAUUCUAAUUCUUUCCUUUCUAAAUUCUCAUAUAAGUUGUAUACGAUUGUUGUAGACCGUUUAAAACGGACUUAAUCGGUCCUCGCCGUUGCAACAGGACGUGUUUACUGACAAAACAUAAUUAAGUCAUCGUAAUGAACAAAUGUUUGAUACGCUGGAAUUAGAAAACAAAGUUGUUAGGUAAAUAUAUGAAAAGUUAAGUUUGGAAUUAGUUUGUAAUAUAACAUUUGUGUUACAUAAUGUUGUGUUAUAGUAUUAUGUUCAAUGCGUAAUGAAAUUUUGCAACUUGAUAAAAGAUUUGCCCAUGAAUUCACAAAGCGUAAUUACAUAUAAUAAUUAUCUAGAUGUUUUAGAUUAGUUUAUAAUCAUAUUCGAAUUGUGAAUUGUUGCUCGAAUCAAUAUUGCGGUUUGUACUCUCGUAUGUGCGUUUAACACAUACCAGAUGCAAAACGUGACUAUGUAAUUCUGAUUUGAUUUCUCUAACAUGUAGAGUGAUGGUGUUUACAGAAGGUAGGUUACACUUUGUGGUGAAUACGCAAGCUUGAAUAUUUUAUAUACGAUUUGUUUGAUGUUGGCUUGUGAAGGGGAAAUAACGAUGUGUAAUAGAAAUAACACUUUAUAAGCAAUUUCAUCACUUUAUAUUUUCUAAAUAAAAAAAUAUUAUUUUGCCUAGGA